ACAAAAUCUCAAAAUGGCGUCGAUCACCUGUUCAUCUGAUCAACGUCUUUCAACAAGCAAAAGACGUUUAAAGCCGUUGAUGUUAAGAGAUUACUUACUUGAUGAUCUCAGCUCUUGUUCAUCCAACGGCUUCAAAUCAUUCCCACGUCGUCAAACUCAUCCUUCUUCUUCUUCAUCAUCAUCCACCGUUCGUCGACUCCUUGACGCUGAGAUCAAACGGUCAGGAUUGAUCCAUCAUCACAAACCACGUCUCACCAGAAGAACACGUACAACCUGCGGAACGGCUAUUAGUCACGCCGUUCACAAAGCUUCCACGGCGUUUCUUAACGCCGUUAAAUUGUUACCGUUUCCUUCCACCGUCAUCUCACGGAAAGGAGGAGAUGAUCAGAAACAAGGCGUUUUCUCUAGAAGCUUCUCUAAACGGCUUUUAAGCAAAAGCUUCUGGAGAAAACCGGCGAGUCAAUCUCGCCGUGAAGUAACUGUCGUUGAAGGAGACGGAGAGAUCCAAUGGUGGAGAUCCGCCGCGUUUUUCCCGGACGAAGAUUGUUCGUCCGAUCUGAUUUCUCAAAUCUCAACCGUUGACAAAGCAACAUUCUCAAUCUCUCCAGCUGCUCCGAUCACGACGGUUGAAUUUAUCUCCGGUGACUCGUCGAGUUCCGGUAGCGAGUUUUUCACGAACUCGUCGUCGUCGUCGUCGGAGAUAGUACAGUCUUCUUCUUCAUCGUUCUCAUCGACGUCGAGCGGUGAAUCUGAACAAGUGUCGUCGAACGAAAACGACGCCGUGGAAGACGGGAUUGAGAGCGGAGAGAGAUUAAACGCACAUGACUGUGACGGAUCAUCUGUCAACCGCAACAGCCUGUGUAACAGAAAGGAAUGUGUGAACGAAGAAAAGGAACAACUUAGUCCAGUAUCAAUCUUGGAGUGCCCUUUUGAAGACGAUGAAGAUGAUGACGAUGAAGAAGACAAUGAAAUCAUUCCUAUUUCACACCAAAAUGAUACAUAUGAGAAAAUUGCAAGAAAAAGUAGGAGAUUAAAUGGUUUGGUACGGAUUGAGCCACUAGACUUGGAGAAACGCAUAGAGAAUUAUGAUGAAGAGAGACAAGAAGAGUACUCAUAUCACACGUUAGAAACCGAAGAGGAUGAAUCAGAAAACCGAGCAAACCGCUUGUUUGCUCUUGUGAAGUCAAGAAUCGGCGAAACAAACAACAUACUGGCUUCUAAAGUAGCUGAUAAUCUAUUGUUAGAUUAUCUUCAAGAAGAAAAUGUUGGAUCAAAAGAGGAAGCAUUAAUGGUGAAGAAAGUAGAAGAUUGGGUGAUGGAUAGACAAGACGAGAUCUUUAUGAGCUGGGAAGUGAGAGAGAAGAGAGAGGUUUAUGUGAAAGAAAUGAAAUGGGGUUGCAUUAAUGGAGAUGGGAGAGAAAAUGUGGUUGAAGAUUUGGCUAAUGGUUUCUUCACUUCCUUGGUGGAUGAAUUUAUCUUCGACUUAGCUUCUUAAUGAUAUUUAUAGUUUUUUUGUUUUGGUUGGGAGUUAAGAUUUUGACAUUGUGUUAUAAAGGUUAGAUUUCACGAUGUAUUAGAUAUAUGUUAUCUCGAAUAAAACUUUAUGUAGUUUGACAUAAAAGGGGAAUGAUUCGUAUUAAAAUUA